AACAACUCCCAGGCCCAAGCCACCUCCUAAACUUCGUUAUAAUGUCGAAGAAUUACACAGCAUUGUGAUAGAUUUACCAAGUGAAAUAGAAGAUCUUAUAAAACAAGAUAAGACUACUAACAAAAAUAUGGAAAAACAAACCAAGAAGCAGAAUGAUAUUCAACUAUUUCCAAAAUCUGGAGAAUGUGGUCCUCUAUCCAUAGGUCAUAAGGUAUAUGGUGGUGUAGAAGCUGAAUUGGGUGAAUUUGCUUGGUUGGUUAAUUUGGAAUAUAGAACUGUUGCCGGUUAUCUGUUAUUCGCAUGUGCGGGAAAUAUUCUCAAUCAUCGAUAUGUCUUGACAGCUGCUCACUGUGUUAAAGGUGGAAUAGAGGAAAUUGCAGGAAAAUUAGAAUCUCUACGCGCUGGCGAUCAUAAUGUUGACACGCCGAUAGAUUGUGAUAUGGAGGGUAGUUGCAUUGAACCUUUCAAGCGCUUUUAUGUCAUACAGCAUUGGGUGCAUGAUCAGUUUUUUAUAACACCCAAAAAUAAGAUCUACAAUGAUAUUGCCUUGUUAAAGACUGAUCGAAGUAUGGAAUAUUCCUUUUCCAUAAGUCCUAUAUGUUUGCCAUCGGUUAUAAGCAACUUGGAGGCUCCUAAAAGUGGUACCAUAUUUACCGUAGGCGGUUGGGGACAUUCGGAAACAGCAAACUUUACUUCGGAGAAAAGAUUGGUGGAUAUAGUCUGUGUGGAUGAUGAAAAGUGUCGUUUGCGUGGGGAUCAAUCUCGCAUUUGUGCCGGUGGAGAACUAGGAAAAGAUAGUUGUGAAGGUGAUUCUGGUGGUUCCUUGGCUCGUCGCACUCAUUAUGGUUGGGUCAUUGAGGGCAUUGUCUCAUAUGGUACGGGCUGUGCCAAUGAAAAACCUGCAGCUUAUGCUAGAAUACGAAAUUUCCUUGACUGGAUUAGUGAAACCGUUCAGAAAUCUUGGAAUGAGGAAAUAAAUUUUGUUAGCGGUAAUAAUAUUAGGAUUUUGAAAAGAAUAAAAAAUAUGGCAACAAGUGCGCCUAAAAAGACUUACAUUUCCAAUGGGAUUUCCCCCAUUGGCAAUAACAACACUAACAUUGCGGCAACUCGUACACAUAUCCAACCUAAGCAGGUCGUAUCAAAAAUGGUAAACAAAUUGGAUCUAUUUCCAAAACCUCCAGAUUGUGGUCCCUUGUCUUUGGGUGAUAAAAUUCAUGGAGGUGUGGAAGCUGAACUUGGUGAAUUCCCCUGGUUAGUCAAUUUGGAAUAUCAAUUAGGAAUCGCAAAUAAAAAACAGUGCUUUAGUUGUGAAAACGUUUUCAUAAAAAUGUGGUCAAAGCGGGGAUUUUAUUUAACAACCUUGAUAAUUGCUUUUAAUGCAGCCCUCACUUGGGGGGGCAAAGUGACCAUUGAAGGAGUAAAUCACGUAUGUCAGAAUAAUGAAGGCCAUAUGGGUAGAUGUACUUCCAAGGAAAAGUGUCGCACUAACAACGCAGCUAAUGGCAGCAAUGCCAAUGGCCAGGAUUGUCCCAAUGGUCAUGGUGAGCCUCCUUAUAUCUGCUGUAUAUUUGGCGGCAGCAUUGUUUUUCCGGACCAUGAGGCUGGCCGCACUAAAUCCUACAACAAUUCUACACCACCCACCCUGUCGCCAAAAAUUGGUAUCCACUCUAAGCCAUUGGACAUGCGGAACUCUGGCUUCCAGAGUCGUGGUAUUUUAUUUCCCAAUGAAGAUGGACAUUUUGAUAUACCAACACCUUCUUCGAGUGGCGUAAUGACAAAAAUGUUGACAUCGAACAAAAAAUUGGACUUAUUUCCCAAACCUUUGGUUUGUGGUCCCAUGGCAUUAGGCGAUAAAAUUCAUGGUGGUGUUGAAGCAGAGCUGGGAGAAUUUGCUUGGUUGGUCAAUUUGGAAUACAGAACUCAGGACGGAUCAUUAGAAAUUGGAUGCGGCGGUAAUAUACUCAACCAUAGAUACAUAGUGACAGCUGGUCAUUGCGUCAAAGGCCUUAUCGAAGAACUGUUGGGACCUUUAGUUUCCCUACGUGUUGGUGACCACAAUACCCAAACGGAUUUGGAUUGUGAUGAUUUAGGCUGUAAUGCUCCAUAUGAACGUUUUCAAAUUGCCGAACGUUAUGUGCACGAAGAUUAUCGAGAAACAAAGAAAGGAAGGCUUUUUAACGACAUUGCCUUGCUAAAAACAGAUCGCCCCAUAACAUAUUCGUUUUCGGUGGCUCCCAUAUGUUUGCCCGAGGUGAUGGGACCAAUGGAUCCACUAACAACGGGAGUUCGAUUAACUGUGGCCGGUUGGGGUAACAAUGGCACCAGUGAAUUUACCGAUGAGAAGUUCAUUGUCGAUGUUCCGUAUGUAGAGAGCACUGAAUGCCCAUUUCGAGUACAGGAAACCCAGUUAUGUGCUGGUGGUGAAACCGGCAAGGAUAGUUGCACCGGUGACUCUGGUGGUUCAUUGGCCCGUCGCCAUAAAACUUCUUGGGUCAUUGAGGGGAUUGUAUCAUUUGGUCGGAAAUGUGGCACUGAGAAACCAGCUAUUUAUACGCGAGUGAGAAAUUAUAUUUCUUGGAUUUUGGACAAAGUAACGGAACCUUAAGUCGUGGCUUGAAUUCGAUGGCUUUAUUAGAUGUUUAAGAAAUUUAGGUUGAGAGACCAACGUGGAUUGGUUUUAUGACGAUUUUAGACUUAGACUUAGACUAUGUUUUAGAGAAGACUUAUAAAAGACCUAAAACUUGUGUAAAAUACAAAUUAUGGGUUGCCCAAAAAGUAAUUGCGGAUUUUUUAAAAGAAAGUAAAUGCAUUUUUAAUAAAACUUUAAAUGAACUUUAAUCAAAUAUACUUUUUUUACACUUUUUUUCUAAAGCAAGCUAAAAGUAACAGUUGAUAACUGACAGAAGAAAGAAUGCAAUUACAGAGUCACAAGCUGUGAAAAAAUUUGUCAACGCCGACUAUAUGAAAAAUCCGCAAUUACUUUUUGGGCAACCCUAAAUGUUCAUAUGCAGAUUUUUAGCAGUACUAAAGAAAGUUUGCUUUUAGUAUUAUUGCAUUUAUCAUAAAGAUAUUGAAAAAUUAUUAUAUUGAUAAAUACUUAGAUAUACAUUAUGAAAUAUAUUUUCUUAAUACAAAA